UGCUGAACGCAUUCCAGUCGAUUUCCGCCUGUGACGUCAAAGAGGAAAAUGGCAGACUUCGAUGCUUUUGAAUCAGCUCCUACUGAUGAGGUAGACCCUGCUGCUGACUUUUUAGCAAGAGAACAGUCGGAGUUAGCCGGUCUGGAAGAUGAUAACUUUGGCGAAGGACAACAGUUCACACAAGACUUUGAUGGGUUUGGACAAAAUCAAGAACAAGUAACAGUGGUUCAGAGUUCUUCUGAUGGCGGAUUGGCCGAUUUUGAAAUUUUAGGUGGUGGAAAUGAUGGCUAUGGAGGUGACAAUGGAUCACAGCAAUAUGGAGGCUAUAAUGAAGGCCUCAAUGAAAAUGAAAUCCCAAGUAAUGGGCCAAGUAACAUGUAUGAGGCAAUAUCCCAGCAAGAUACCAUGAGAGCAGUUCCAGAGAAAAUAAAAAUCUGGCGUGAAGAACAAAAGACAAGACUGGAGAAAAAAGACUCUGAAGAAGAAAAGCGUAAAAAAGAAUUGAAAGAGAAAGCAAAGAAAGAGCUUGAUGACUGGUACAAACAUCACACGGAACAGUUGGAGAAAACAAAAGAGAACAACAGGAAACAUAAUGAUGUAACUGAAUCCCAAGGGGCCGCUGAAACUGCAUUUGUCAAGGAUCGUGAUGAAAAGGUCACCGGUCAAGCAUGGGAGAAAAUAACCCGCCUUUGUGAAUUUAACCCAAAGAACUCAAAGAACACAAAAGAUGUAUCUAGGUUCAGGUCUAUCUUGUUGCAACUGAAACAGACACCAUUAGUGCGUUAGGUAUUGUGUGCAAUUAGAAGCUAAUUGUACAUUUGUCAUUUUUAUGUUAGUCACCAGCAAAUGUUUUAAUAAUUAUGGUAUAUAAAUGUCCAACUUCUAAAAUAAAAUAUUAGUUUUCAGUGAAUAAGUAGAAUUAUCUCUACAGAAUAAAUGUUUUUAUAGUGUAUCCUUUUAGCUUUUGAAUGUUAGAUAUUUUAGCCAAUUUUUUUUUCCCAAAGUAUGUAUUUUAGUACAAGAUAAAAUGUAGAAAACUAUGCCAAUAGAUAGUUAUAUUGCACAAAAAUAGAAACAUGUCAACUGGUUUCUAAAUUUUUAUUUUGGCUGCAACCCUAAUUAAAGUAAAUCAUAAAGAGACAUUUAAAAUGACCAAUUUGUGUUUGUGAGUGUAAUGAAUGAAAGGAGGAAGUAUUGUUUAUUUAUAUAAUUAUUUUUUUUUACCUUCCCUUAUCAAUCACAUAAUCUGGAUAUUAAUCUGUAAAAAUCAUUUCUACAGAUCAUUACAGAAAUAUCAAAUUCAUGUUCCUUGGCAUUAGAAAAUAUAAAUUUUUAUGUUUGGUAAGAACUUAGAAUUCUUAAUUAUUCAUUCUUCAAAAAAUAAAAUUACUUUUAAUAUGUUCAAAAUUGUAUCUCUAUAGAUAGUUGCCGCUGUUUUAUAUCUAGUGUGUAUAGAUCAAUGUUGUCUUUAUCUCAUGUUUAGCCUGUAAAAUAAUUUUCUUAUUCUCUGAACUUAACCUUAGUAUACCCAUCACUUGUACCCUACCCUUAUCCUUUGUUCCAAAAAUGCAAAUAUUGUUUGGCUGUUAGUGGUUGGAUCUGUUUUAUUGUGAUAUUCACUGUGUCGUACAUUCAGUUCAUUCCAUUACAGAAGCCUUGGUUGUUUGUUUUCUCUGAUCAUUGAUCAACAUUAAAGUAAGGAAUGUUUUUUUUUUGUUAAGUUGGGAUUGCUGUCAGUGUGAUGAGAAACCCUGUUUAUUGUCAGCCCAUUUAAUAUUCACCAUAACAAUUAGUUGUUCUUUUUAUGUACGACUGAAUUAAUUUAUAAAUAAAGAGACAUGAGAUUUUA